AGGGGCCGCGCCGGGGCUGCGGGCGGCCGAGCCCGCAGGUAGCGGCCGCGUCACGCGUGGGCUCCGCCGAGGGUCGCGGCGGGGCUGGCAGGGGACACCGCGCACCCCCGCGGGUCCUACCCCCGCGGCUGCGCGGGGCCGGGGCCGCUCCCCACCCCCACGUUUUGCUCCGUGGAGCUGGGGCCACCCCCGUGUUUUGCUGCGUGGGGCCGGGUCCCGCCCCCCCCCCGCCCCGCGCCGUGUCCCGCGGCCGGCGCUGGUGAGGGACCAUGAAGGUGAAGGUGAUUUCUGUCCUGGAGGACAACUACAUGUACCUGGUCAUCGAGGAGAGCACCCGGGAUGCCAUCGCGGUGGACGCCGCCGUCCCCAAAAGGUUGCUGGAAAUCGUCAGGAAGGAGGAGGUGGUGCUCAGAGCCAUCCUCACCACCCACCACCACUGGGACCACGCGAGGGGCAACGAGGAGCUGGCGAGGCUCUGCCCCGGCCUGCGGGUGUACGGUGCCGAUGAGCGGAUCGGGGCCCUGACUCACAAGGUGACCCACGAGCAGGAGCUGACGUUCGGGGCCAUCCGGGUGAGGUGCCUCUUCACCCCCUGCCACACCUCGGGCCACAUGUGCUACUUCAUGUGGGAGGACGGCUCCCCGGAUGCUCCGGCUCUUUUCUCAGGUGACACUCUGUUCGUGGGAGGCUGCGGGAAGUUCUUCGAGGGGACGGCGGAGCAGAUGUACAUCAACCUCACCCAAAUCCUGGGGGCUUUGCCGAAGGAGACGAAGGUGUUCUGCGGCCACGAAUGCACUGUCCGAAACCUCAAGUUUGCCUUGAAAGUGGAACCGGAGAAUGAAAUAGUGAAGAACAAACUCACGUGGGCUAAACAGCGGGAUGAUGAGGACUUGCCCACGGUGCCCUCCACGCUGCAGGAGGAGUUCCUCUACAACCCCUUCCUGCGGGUCACGGAGGAGCCCUUGCAGAAGUUCACGGGGAAGACGGACCCGGUGGAGGUGCUGAGGACGCUCCGCACCGAGAAGGAUAACUUCAAGAAGCCCAAGGAGCGGCCCAAUCCCCAGGCCAUGCUCGCGUUCGACUGGGGACUUUUCAGCCCCUUCCUCGAGAAGAAGUGAUCGCUGUGGUGGUGGCUCCCGAAACGCAGCAUCCCCAUCGCGGCGGGGGCUUCCUCCCGGGGCUGCGUCCGUCUGGCUCCGACUUACUCCUGUAGGACUCGGCAGUUGGGAACUGGUUUCUGUCUUUAACCUGCUCGUUCUGAGGCCGCUCUGCUUCGCUCCCUCCAGCGCCGUGCCCGGUUCCCCUGGCCAUGGGAGCUUUGCUGAGCUCGGCCAGGCAGUUAAACCCCGUGGGCUGCUGGCAGAGGGUCAGGGCAUGUUUUGGAGGACCUCCCCCCCCCGACAUUGGGGUUGACGGAUGCGGGAGCUGCCGCCCGUCGUGCAGCCCUUUGCCUGCCGGAGGGAGCCGAGGCAGAGUAUGGAGAAGGUGGGGACGCUCAGGGGACGCGGUGCUGUCCCCCACGGACCAGCCGGCACCCCUGGGGGGGCUGUGAGGGUCUCCUGCCGGCAGCCCUGACACACCUGGGUGCUGCAUCGGGACGAGAAGCGGAGACUUGGGUGCACAAGAGGAAGCCAGGAGGGAAUUUGGCAUUUUUCACGGCUGUUUAGCAGUGCCUGCUUGACUCCAGACCUGAGCUAACAGAAACCCUCAUUACAGUGGGGUUUGGGUAUUUUUUUCCUCUUUUUCAGCCCCCCCCUCUAUUUUUAUAGUAGGCCAACAUAGAAAAAUUGCGUGGGGAUUUGUAAUGCAAUCGCUGACUGAUGGGAGCCACCCAAACCACUGACACCGCACAGAGUACCUUCAGGUGGCGUUCAGGCCUGGGGGGGACACGUGCUCUAACCCCCGGCUUUGUAAAUGACUUUUCAAGGUGUGACAGUUUUUAGGCUGCGAACAACAACGCGCUACUAGGCAUCCAUUGCUGCUGCUGCUGGUUUGUUUAUUUUUCUCCCAAGAUAGAAAACCGAAAAACUUGGAUGAAACUUCCUUUUCUGUUGCCUUUUCUUUGGAACAGCUGGGUCUCUUCAGCCUUUAGUUUGUGUGAAAUCAGUACUGUUUUAUUUUUUUGAAGUCUGAGAAAUGUGCAGAGCUUUUAUUGGCAGGUGGUGGGGAGGUGCAUUGCAAACCAGUAAAGUAGUUUUUUUUGGUGUUUUUUUUUUUUUUUUUUUGGAAAACAUAGGGCUCGAUGGUAGCUCUGUAAAUAGCUGUGAAAAUCCCUCCGAAGGGGCUGGGCUCGGGCAGGUUGCUCCGGGGGGGACAAUCGCCCGUCUCUGGUUUCUUCUUUACCUCAAUGUGUGCGACUGUCUCGGUGUUGCUGAGUUUACCCCCAGUUCUGCGUAGUUCAGCUGAAAACACAGCAGAGCAGAGGGGCUGGGCUCGGGAUUCUUUACCGCGUGUUGGCAUUUUAAAGCGUUGAUUAUAAAUUUUGUAGCUCCUAACACUGGAAUAGAGUUGACUUCGGGAUCUUUCAUGUGUGGACUGUGAACUGCACCCAUUACCACUGAAGCCUGGUUUGUGGCUGUUUCUUUCAUUGCUAGAAAUAGACUAAGGGUUUUCUUUUCUUUCUUUUUUUUUAAGUUAUAGUUUUAGAAUUACUCCCCCCCCACACGGGAGGGGAAGAAUUAAUCCUGCUGCGUGAAUUGCCUCAGUGCUCUUGCCUCAAAGUUACUCAGUUUAAAUGUAAUGGUGCAGUUUAUAGAUGUUACCUGGGUGUUCCUCUGGAAUUUUAUUUACCCUUGGAGCAGAGAUGCUCCCCUGUGUGUUCGGGGAGGGUUCCCGACCUAGCAGCGAGCCCGCUCACGUUGACAGCAGGAGCCUGCAGCUCCAAGGCUGGGAGGAAUCCAAGCUGUUCGCGAUACCCCGGCAAGAGCAGACACCCGGGAGCCUCUGCAGGAGCGGAGGUCUCAGCCUGCUCUGAGCAGAGCACCCUUUGGCGGCUUUAGGGGUGUGCGUGUUGGUAGCCUGGUAACUGGAGGUGAGACAAGGAGUUCGCCUCCCUCUCCCUAGUUAUUUAAUUUACAGCUAAUUUAUCUUUAUGUAUUUGUGCACUUCUGGCCUGAUGUGCAUGUUGUCAACAGAGAGAGAGUGUGUUUCUCUCGCACUGACGUUUAUGGUCUCAGCACUUCAGCGCACUGGACUUGACUUUGCAUUAGCAGUGGUGUCUCUUGCUGCAGAUAAAAAUGGUGUGGUUUAGCGUAACGCCGCGCGUUACACAUCUAUGCGUGGAACAGGGCAGUCACUGAAACUACCGACUUGCUUGUAAAAUGAAUA